CCCUUGCCCUGAGCCUGACAGGCGUUCCCAGCUGCUCCACCAUGGAGGAGACGGUGCCCUCGGUGGAAACCUACGAGGCGGCCAUGGUGCUGAGCGGGGUGGGGGACGCGCUGGGCUACCGGGGAGCCCGCUGGGAAUACUGCACCUCGGGCCCCCAGAUCCACGGCGAGCUGGCCGAGCUGGGGGGGCUGGCAGCCAUCAGCCUGGAGCCCCCCGAGUGGCCCGUCAGCGAUGACACCGUCCUGCACCUCGCCACCGCCGAGGGGCUGGCCACAGGCCUGGAGGGGGAACCCCUCCUGCAGGAGCUGGCUCGCCGCUAUGUGGCCGCCAUGGGGGACAUGGAGGGACGCAAGCCCGGACCCAGCAGCAUCCUAGGCACCUCCCAGCUGCGGCCGGGGGAGCCCGAGGGCUAUCGCAUCCCCUUCAACCCCCGCGGCACCGGCUGCGGGGCCGCCAUGCGCAGCCUGGCCAUUGGCCUCAGGUACCCGCAUGCCUCGGAGCUGCCGACUCUGAUCCGGGUGAGCAUCGAGAGCGGGCGCAUGACCCACCACCACCCCACUGGGUACCUUGGAGCAUUGGCAGUGGCCCUCUUUGGGGCACUGGGAGCUCGGGGCGAACCCCCAGAGCGCUGGGGGGCUGAGCUGCUGCGGGUCCUGCCCCUGGCAUGGGACUACGUGGAGGGCACCGGGGUGGCCGUGGAGGACAAUGCUGCUGCCUGGCCAUUCUUUGGGGAGGCAUGGCACCGGUACCUGGACUCCCGCGGGCUCCUGGAAGGUGGCGGCCCGCCGCGGGUGCCAUCCCUCCCAUCCCCAGCGGAGCGGGACGCAGAGUACCUAGGCUGGGCACUGGACGGGUGGCCGGGGCGCAGCGGCCACGACGCCCCCAUGGUGGCCCUGGAGGCGCUGCUGGCAGCCGGCGGGAGCUGGCAGGAGCUGUGCGCCAGGGCGGUGCUGCACGGCGGGGACAGCGACUCCACGGGGACCAUCGCUGCGGGCUGCUGGGGGCUGCGAGGGGGGCUGGCGUCCGUCCCGCCGGGGCUGCACCGCCGCCUCGAGUACCGCGGGCGGCUGCGCGACGCUGCCCGGCGGCUCCACGCGCUGGCCUGGGGGGCUCGGUGAGCGCCCCUCCGUCCCUGGCAUCGCCCGCUGGCCCUUGUGGCAAGCACAUUUCUCUCUCCCUCUCAGGAUUUUUUUAUCGAGGUGCACAGAGAGAAAUGUGCUUGCCACAGUCCCUCCCCACGGAGAGCUCCCGAGGGAACAGCAGAGACCAGCGUGGCGCCGCAGAGGGGCUUGGGGGUGAGGGGAAUAGCGGAUUUGUCUUUCCAAACCGGCUGUGGGUCUGCUGGUUUUAUCUGCCAGCACUUGAGAGGUAAAAGAAACAAUGGGAAGGAUUCCAGUCACUGACGAAUGGAAAAAAAAGAUAUCUGCUUUUACAAAUAAGCUUUAGGUUUGCUGAUAAAUGGAAUUGGAUAUUGAAAGAUGAAAGAAGCAGUGGGGGAAAACCCUAAAUUCCGUAAGAAUUAAAAAUGAAAAGGGAGGGUUAUACAUUAGAGGGAAAUCUCUGGUAUCAGGCGUAUUGGAAGUCUGAACCUCUCAAGUACCUCAGGCAAUGGGGAAAGAGAGAAGGGAAAUGCGGCCGGGAAAUUGGGAUAAAAAGGAGGCUGCGUCCU